AUGGAUCGCGACGCCUGUGAAGUUCCAGAGCUGCAGGAUCUCGCAGCUCCCUGGCACGCAGACACCGUGCUGCAGCUGCGCACUGGCCGGAUGAAAGCCAUGCGCGGCCUGGCUAUCAAGACGGGCAUCGACAAGGAGGAGAAGGAGGGGAGGCUGUGGUGUGGGAAGAUGGGGUUGGAGGGGGAUGAGCAUGAUCUUACGUUUCAUGGGGGCGUACACCAGUACUACCCGAGCCACUAUCCUCUCUGGCGGUCGGAAUACCCGACCGCUGGCUCCCUGGACGCGUUCGUCCCUGGCGGCUUUGGCGAGAACAUCGUGGCCGCCCACAUGAACGAGCGGAACGUUUGUAUCGGCGACAUCAUCCGGGUCGGGGAGGCGCUGCUGCAGGUCAGUCUUCCGCGGCAGCCGUGCUUCAAGCUGAACCACCGCUUCGGGAUCAAGGGCUUUGCGAGCCAGACGUGGAAGAAGAGUCGCACGGGGUGGUACUACAGGGUCCUGGAGGAGGGGUGGAUUGCUGUUGGCGACAGCAUCAGGCUGGUGGAGAGGCAGUGGGAGCGGUGGACGGUGGAGAGGGUGCAGGAGUAUCUGCAUCGGAAUACGGGGGAUCUUGAGAAGCUGGAGGAGCUAGAGAAAAUACCAGAAUUCGGCAGCGAGUGCAAGAAGGCCAUCCGACGCUUGAUCGCUGCACUGAAAGCAGCCGAGGCCUCCAAAACUGCCCCGAAAGAAACAUUCGAGCAUUUCACGCUCGUGUCCAAGAAAGCCGAAACCCCCCGCAUCUCAUCCUUCACGUUCGCUAAGUCUGGAACAGAGCCAGAAGGAGAGGCUAGUGCCAUCAGUCCUGGAUCUUUCGUGCGUCUACGACUCCCUAAUGGACUGCUGCGCUCAUAUUCAGUUGUCAGCGGGACGAGUAGUAGGUUUACGUUGGGCGUAGCCCUCGACGACCAGAGUCGCGGUGGCUCAAGAUUCAUGCACGAGACGCUGAAGGAAGGCGAGAAAGUGCUAGUUGGCAAGGUUUCAAAGAGCGUGCCGAGGCCUGAUGGAGCCUCGAACCACGUUUUCAUCGGGGGCGGGAUUGGGAUCACGGCCUUCUUGGGACUGAUCGACAUGUAUCGGCGGAUCAACUAUAGCUACACCCUUCACUACGCCGUCCGCUGCGAAGAGGACAUACCCUUCAAGGUGGAGAUGGGACGCAUGGGAGGGAACGUGGUGGUGUAUGAUGGAUCAAAGGGGGCGAGGAUGGAUAUCAAGGGGAUUCUGAAGGCGAGGACGUGGAAUUCGAUGGUGUAUGUUUGUGGGCCGCGGCGGAUGAUUGAGGAUGCUCAGAGGUGCGCGCGAGAGCUGGGGAUGGGGGAGAGGGAGGGGGAGGCGGAGGACGCCGAAAUCCAUUACGAGGCUUUCCAAGCUGACUAUACUGGUGAUCCGUUUUCGGUCGAGGUUGGUGGGCAGGAGAGCAGGGUGUUGGAUGUGCCGGGUGAGAAAACCCUGCUGCAAGUCUUGAGGGAGGAGGGGUUGGAGAUUGACAGCAGCUGUGAGGUGGGGAGGUGCGGUGCUUGUAAGGUCCUGGUCAGGGACGGGGUGGUGCAGCACAGGGGGAGUGCGUUGAGCGUGGAGGAGAAGCGGGAGGGCGCCAUGCUCAGCUGUUGUAGUAGAGGAGUGGGGGUGCUCCGGAUUGAGUGGUAA